CUCUUCUAUGAAGAAACUAAAAUUUAUCAUCAAUUCCAAGAAAGAGGAUCCCUAAACCAUACAUUUUCCUCGACCUCCUCUCUCUCUCUCUCUCUCUCUCUGUAUAUUGUUUCCAGUAAAAAUGAGAGCUUUAUCAAUCUUGUGGUUGUUCUUAUUCCUGUUGGUGCAAGAAACAACUUGUUACACCAAACAGGAAAAGCUAACGGAUCUUCUUGCACAGCUUCAAGAAAUAGUAGUCUCCAGCUCCUCCCAACCACCCUCCACAACCCCCUCAAUCUUUGAGGACAAGAAGAUUGGAAGAGUGUUUUACCCUACUGGUUAUGGGGCAGAUCCAACUGGUGCAAAUGAGAGCAGUGAUGCCAUAUUGAAUGCUCUCAAUGAUGCAUUUCAAGUCCAGAAAGGGCUUGAGUUGCUUCCUGGUGUGAAUGAUUUGGGUGGUGUUGUGAUUGAUUUUCAAGGUGGAAAUUACAAGAUCAGUAAGCCCAUCAGGUUCCCAGCGUCUGGUGUCGGCAAUGCACUGCUAAAAUCAGGGAGUCUAAGAGCAUCAGACACAUUUCCUGGGGACAGGCAUUUGAUUGAAGUAUGGUCACCUAGUUCUACACCAUUUGACAAAGAAUCCUCAAUCAACCUUGAUGAGAAGCAGCAAAGUGUUGAUAAUAUCUACUAUGAAGACAUUACCUUCCGCGACAUCCUCUUCGAUUCAAGCUUUCGGGGAGGUGGGAUUUUCGUUAUUGAUUCGGCCAGAAUCCGCAUAAACAACUGCUUCUUCAUCCACUUCACAACUGAUGGAAUCUUGGUACAAAAUGGCCAUGAGACCUUCAUAUCAAGUUGCUUCCUAGGCCAACGUUCAACGGUCGGGAACAACCCACAUGAGAAGGACUUCACAGGCAAUGGCAUUGAUAUUCAUGGCAAUGAUAACGCAGUCACUGAUGUUGUUAUCUUCUCUGCAGCCAUUGGAGUCUUAUUAAGAGGUAGAGCUAAUAUAGUCACAGGGAUACAUUGUUACAACAAGGCAGCAGCUUUUGGUGGUAUAGGAAUUUCAGUCAAAAAAGGAGCAGAAAUGACUAGAAUUGUUAACUGUUACCUAGAUUUCAAUGGUAUAGUCAUGGAAGAUCCAAUUCAAGUCCAUGUCGCAGAUGGGUUUUUUUUAGGUAAUGGUAAUAUAGUGUUGAAGUCAAUUAGUGGACAAAUUUCUGGAGUAACUGUAGUGGACUGUAUGUUUAGAGGGGAACAGAACAAGUAUGUUCCAAUAGUACAUUUAGAAGGGAGUUUUAGUGAAAUUGAUCAAGUUGUGAUUGAUCACAACAACGCAAAUGGGAUGAUCUUGAAAUCUACGGUGGCGAAACAAACGGUGACAGGAAAUGGGACUAAGUGGGUGGCUGAUUUUUCUUCACUGUUAGUAUUUCCAGAUCACAUUAAGUAUUUUCAGUACUCAUAUUUUGUUCAAGGUGCUGCUGUAGGGUCUGUGAUGUUUGCAGCUACUAAUGUGUCAAACAAUGUGGUGGUUGUUGAGAGCAAUGAAGCAGUCAGUGCAGAGGUUUCUGUUGUUGUUGAUCAGUAUGCAUGGUAAUAAGAGAGACUUUAUCUAGUAAGUUGCAAUGACUUUUGUUUCGUUCCAGCUGACUUAUUGAAGAUAUUUUACAAUCUCAUGGAACUUCAAAGUGACAAUGAAGACAC